AUGACGGCGAUGACUAUGGCCGGCGCGUCGUCUCCCACCAAGAAAAGCGGCCUCCGGGGGCCGCGGCCGCAGCCGCUGAAGAUGGCGUCGGCGCCGCCGUCCUCCAGGCCGUUGACCAAGAAGGCCCACGGUGGCGGUGCGCCGGUGAUCGUCUACGAGCACACGCCCAAGGUCGUGCACGCGCGGCCGCACGAGUUCAUGACCGUCGUGCAGCGGCUGACCGGCAAGCCGGCGCCGGCUCCGGCGCUGUUCCCUGGCUACGAUGUUCCCGUGGCGCCUAUGGACGAGGGAGCUGGAGUAGGAGACCCGCUGCUGCUCACCCUCGGGCACGGGCAGCAUCCGCCCAUGGCGGCCGGGCAGCUCAUGUCCCCCGGCGGCUUCAUCUUCUCCCCCAACACCAUGCAGUCCAUUCAGGAGCUCUGCUCAACCCCUUGCGCUAAUUGA